UAUGAACUUCAAUGAAUACCGGCAGCAUGGUAAAGAAAUGGUGGACUAUAUCGCGGAUUACCUAGAGAACAUUCGUGAGCGACGCGUCUAUCCGAAUGUAUCUCCGGGUUAUCUGAGAAACAUUUUGCCGUCGUCAGCACCAGUGGACGGCGAGCCAUGGAACAGCAUCUUCGGCGACAUUGAGAAGUGCAUAAUGCCAGGUGUCACUCAUUGGCAAAGCCCUCACAUGCACGCAUACUUUCCAGCUCUGAAUUCACCAGCAAGUCUUCUUGCUGAUAUGCUUGCUGAUGCAAUUAAUUGCUUAGGGUUCACCUGGGCUUCGAGUCCCGUUUGCACAGAAUUGGAAACAAUCGUAAUGAACUGGCUGGGUAAGAUGAUUUGCCUUCCGGAGGAUUUUCUUCAUCGAAUUGGUGGCCCUGGUGGUGGCAUUAUUCAAACAACAGCUAGUGAGGCAACUCUCGUCUGUCUCUUGGCUGCGAGAACCAGAGCUAUCCGGGAGGUGCAGGAAAAUGAUCCGCAAUCGAUGCCUGUCGAAAUCAAUUCGAGACUCGUAGCCUAUUGUUCCGAUCAGGCCCACUCGAGCGUAGAGAAAGCUGGACUCAUUGGAUUAGUCCGUAUGAGAUACAUCGACUCCGACGAUCAUCUGAGUAUGAGAGGCGAAAUACUCACCGAGGCUUUGCUACGCGAUCGAAAAGAUGGACUUGUACCCUUCUUUGUCUGCGCAACACUGGGCACCACCGGUGCUUGCUCAUUCGACAAUUUACAAGAGAUUGGACCAAUAUGUGAGAAGAAUGGCCUCUGGCUACACAUCGACGCUGCUUAUGCCGGCAGCGCAUUCAUUUGCCCAGAGUUUCGUUGCUGGAUGAAGGGCAUCGAACAUGCCGACUCCUUUGCUUUUAAUCCAAGCAAAUGGCUUAUGGUGCACUUUGACUGCACGGCCAUGUGGGUGAAGAAUAGUCAAGCUCUUCAUAGGACAUUUAACGUCGAUCCCAUAUAUCUCAAGCAUGAAAAUUCAGGUCUUGCGAUAGAUUAUAUGCAUUGGCAAAUCCCAUUGUCGAAGAGAUUUAGAGCACUCAAGCUGUGGUUUGUGAUUAGAAAUUACGGAAUCACAGGCCUGCAGAAGCACAUACGCGAGGGUGUGAGAUUGGCACAGAAAUUUGAAGCCCUUGUAUUGGCAGACUCGCGCUUCGAGAUCCCGGCACCCCGCUAUUUGGGUAUGGUGGUUUUCCGUCUACGCGGGGAUAAUUCGCUAACCGAGCAGUUGUUGAAAAAAAUUAAUUCUCGCGGACGUGUCCAUUGCGUGCCGGCUUCGCUACAUGGGAAAUACGUCAUCAGGUUCACAGUGACAUCGUCAACUACAACCAAUGACGAUUUGUUGCGAGAUUGGGCAGAAAUCAAGAGCACCGCAUUCGAAAUCUUGGGAUCAGUUACUAAUUCCCCAUCAAGAGCAAGAGUCUCAUUGGCCGAAACUCGCGAGAGAAAUGAAAAUUUUGGCUCGAGCCUGCUGCUGGCCAACUCACCAAUGUCGCCAAAAAUUGUGAAUGGCAGUUUUGCCGCCAUAUACGACGCGGCCGACGUCUUCAACGAGUGCAUGAAGACAUUUGGCCGGCUUCGUCUGCACGCUCGGGAUAGUCCAGCUAUGCGGCGACGAAUUAGGGGAAUUCUCAUGUCCGGGAAACAAUUUUCACUCGAUUCGGGAAUGGAUUUGGUUCAGGUUUCAAUAAAAUCUUUGCAGGGUUAUGCAUCAUGCGCCCGUCCAUUGUCGGAGCCAGGCGCGAGUAAUCUACUGCAGGUAAAAGAAGACGAAGAUUUCGCCGGUAAAAGCGAUUCCACACUGAGCAUUGAUAAAUCAGAAUCUACAAUCGAUUCUUGCUCGAGUCUCAUAAAUUACAUAGAUUACGAAGACAAUAACGCCAGAAUUAACAAUGGACUUUAUGCAAAAGAUCGUCUCUCCAUUGAGUCUGAAGAUGCCUGCAGUUUUGCUGAUAAUUCCUCAGUAAGAGGAAUUUCCAAGAGUGAAACUAUCGGAGCUAUUAGCAGCUGUCUGAACAACAUUGCUUCCAACAACACAACUUGUUCGCUUAAUGAAAAUGUCUUGGACAAUGCACAAGUUUGCCGAAAAUGCGGUCACUAUGUAAAGCAGUAA